CAUCUUGCUCGAUUGCUCUCCCCUGUCUAGAUGGACAACAUAGCCACGAUGUUUUGAGUAAUCUCUCUCAGGGUCGUUUGUUUCGGAAAGCUAAACGUAACACUGCUAAACAUCGAAACCCUCAAGAGUAAUGGGUUUAACACAGAGCAGUGGUGCACCUGAGGGGGGAACAGAAGGAUAUCAUGUUCAUGGGAUUCAAGAUGACUCACCGGCAGAGAAAGCUGGGUUGGAACCGUUUUUUGAUUUCAUCAUAUCCAUUGGUCAUAAUCGUCUUAACCAGGAGAAUGAAAUGCUGAAGGACCUCCUCAAGGCUAAUGUGGAGAAACCGGUGAAGAUGGAAGUGUAUAGCACAAAGACCAUGAGGAUGCGAGAAUUGGAAGUGGUUCCCAGCAACAUGUGGGGUGGUCAAGGACUUCUGGGAGCCAGUGUCCGCUUCUGCAGCUUUCAAGGAGCCAGUGAAAACGUUUGGCAUGUUCUCGAUGUGGAGCCAAAUUCACCAGCAGCAUUGGCCGGACUCCAGGAGCACUCAGAUUUCAUUGUUGGAGCUGACCAGGUUCUCCAAGAUUCAGAGGAUUUCUUCUCCCUUAUUGAAGCCCAUGAGGGGAAACCUCUGAAGCUGCUGGUCUACAAUACAGAGACCGAUAACUGCAGGGAGGUGGUUGUCACACCAAAUGGUGCCUGGGGGGGAGAAGGCAGUCUUGGCUGUGGCAUUGGAUAUGGCUACCUGCACCGAAUCCCAGCACGACCUGACAGCCCAAAAUCUGAAAAAGUCAGUCCAAAAGCUUCUCCUGUGGCAGGAACGCCAGAGCAAGAGCUUCCUACAAAUGGAUUCACAGAGGUGUCCUUAAUGGCGUCCAGUCAGUCAAUGAGUGGCUUCGAUCUUGACACCCCACUGCCACCCCCCAUUCAGAGAGUAAUGGAUCCUGGUUUCUUGGAUCAGUCAGAAGUGGCCAUGAUGAAUUCGGAAGUGUCAGACAUAGCAGACCGACUGGACCUAUCCACUUCUUCCAUUGACAUGACAAACACAUCCCUAGCUGUCCGAGAGGACAUUGACGUAUCAGGUGUCGAGGAGCUUCAAGAUAUGGAGGUUCCUAGUCGUAACCCUGAGGAGCAAAAUUCAGAGGAAUAUCCUGCUGUGGAUUUCCGUGGAUUUCAAUCGCCUUCAGAUUUUCCUCCUCCUCUUUCUCUCCCACAUGCUCUUCUCCCAAAUCUGCCUCUCGAUCAUAGCUUGCCGACAGACAUGGAGACCUUCUCCUCAGAAAGUGAUGGUGUCAAUCAGGGUGUUUCUGAUGAGCCACAGUCUCAAAAGAGCAGCUUGUCUGAGGACAGAGCAGAGGCCGUAUCCUCUGACCCAAUGUCUUUUGAUUCCCAUAAUGCACAUGUCAAAGAUGAAGCUGCUUCUCAGUAGUGACACUACCAAGUACUACCUUGUGUCUUGUUUACGCAGUUGCACAAAAAUCAUCGAGCGUGUGUUUCUUAAUGGAUUUGUUACUGUUAGGACCUGGUGUGUUUUUUAAACGGUUGUGUGCAAUUUACGUUUUAUUUUGCAUUUUGGUUAGCAUCUAGUAGUGAUGAUGAUUGUAGGCUGUUGGAAUGUGUGUAGGCCGUUGUUUUAAAUUGUGUAGAUAUUAAUUUAGAAGAUAAUGUUUUAUGUUACUACAUUUAAACCUUUUUAUUUAGCUUGAUUUAUUAAUACUGCUUAUAUUCUUCUACCAGUUUAACCCCCUCUAAAAAACAUCAAACCUUUAUUUAAUGACAGUUUGUUCUAUAUUUGUAGUAUUUAUUUAGCGAUGGCACAAACACUCAUGGGUUACUGUGUUAAAUUAAACCGUGUGGAUUAUAGAGCUAAUGUUAGAAUAUAAACAAGGAUCAUUAGAACACUGACAAAAUCAGUCUGUCUAGAAAAAGCAUUUCAUGUUUUUGUCUAACUUUUAUUACAUAUAAUAUUUUAAAACCUGUUAGGGUUUUAGUGAUUUAGUGAUUUUGUGUGUUUUGGGAAUGUUUAAGCAAAGUACACAUUGUUAAUGCUGGACAAGAGUUUUUGUAUUUGUUUAGUUUUGCGAACUAAAAUCUUCCUGGCUAAUUCGAUUUUUAAAAUGAUUUUGAUGUGAUUAUAGAAAUAUUUAAUUGAAAUGUUUGCAACUUAGUCUUCAUUCAUAGUGAUUUAUGUGUACUUAAGGAUUAAAAAAAGAAUGCUAUAUUUAUUAUUAAAUUAACACUAGAGGAAUGUUGCCACAGUAAAAUGUGCUUUCCAUGUCAUUUAUUGAUCUAUGCAAAUACAGAUAUUGUAUAAAUGCCAGUGGAUUUUCUGUGGUAUUAAUAUUGAGUAUAAUCAUCACUGCCACAUUUUAAGAACAGUGUCAUACACAGGACUUUAUUUUUUCUGUUUUGAUGAUGGGAGGAGCUAAAUAAUACAAUACCUCUUUGAUCUUAGGUCUUUGUCAUUAUUAUUUUUUAAGUGAAUUUCAGUUAUGAACCAAGACUUUACGCGUCUACACAGGCAAAGUGAUUCCUGAUGACAUCUCUUUGCAUUAACGUGAUCAUGAUAUAUCAGAGACAAUGUUUAUAAAUUUGACUUUAAAAUUUGAUUUAAACAGAAAAUGGCCUACUGUACCCACAUAUACUGUAUUUUUGGGGUUUCUGGGAAAAUGUCAGAUUGAAAAACAUUGCAACCAUCCAAAGCAAUAAAAUAUACAAAACAGAAA